AUGUCAGAGAUAAAUUUAGGUAUAACUGCAGACAUGCAUGUCCAUUUACGUGAUGGAGCAAUGUCUAAAUUAAUUACUCCAACAGUUAGAUCAGGUGGAAUAUCAAUUUGUUAUGUUAUGCCAAAUUUAGUUCCACCAAUUACAACAAAACAACAAGUUAUAAAUUAUCAUAAACAAUUAAAUGAUAUAGCACCAGAAACUACUUUUUUAAUGUCAUUUUAUUUAUCUAAAGAUUUAACUCCUGAAUUAAUAAGUGAAUGUGCUGAUGAAGGAUUAAUUCAUGGUAUUAAAUGUUAUCCAGCAGGAGUUACAACAAAUUCAAAAUAUGGAGUUGAUCCAAAUGAUUUUUCACAAUUUUAUCCCCUUUUUGAAGUAAUGGAAAAAAAAGGAAUAAUAUUAAAUUUACAUGGUGAAAAACCUGGGAUUGAAGAAAAAGAUGAAAUUAAUAUAAUAAAUGCAGAAUCUAAAUUUUUACCAGCUUUAAGAAAACUUCAUUCAGAUUUCCCCAAAUUAAAAAUUAUAUUAGAACAUACAACUACUUCAGAAGCAAUAGAAUUAGUAAGAGAAUUAAAUUCAGAUAAAAAAGAAGGAGAUGAUAUAACAAUUGGUGCAACAAUAACUGCUCAUCAUUUAUAUUUAAUAAUAGAUAAUUGGGCAUCAAAUCCAAUAAAUUAUUGUAAACCAGUUGCAAAAUUUCAUAAAGAUAAAAAAGCAUUAAUUGAUGCUGCUACAAGUGGUGAACCAUGGUUCUUUUUUGGUUCAGAUUCUGCUCCUCAUCCAAUACAUAAAAAACAAGUUCAUGUAGAUGUUUGUGCUGGUGUUUAUACUCAAUGUAAUUCUGUAGCUUAUGUUGCUGAAAUCUUUGAUAAGUAUAAUAAAAUUGAAAAUUUUAAAAAAUUUAUAAGUGAUAAUGGUAUUAAAUUUUAUGAUUUGAAUGAAAAAAUAUUGGCAAAACAUAAAGGAGAAAGUGUUUGGUUAAUUGAACGUGAAAAUAAAGUUCCUGAAGUGAUAGCGAAUGGAGAUGUUGAAGUUGUACCUUUUAAAGCUGGUGAUGAAUUGAAGUAUAUUGUUGAAUGGAGAAAAAAUUAG